UUGCAUGGGUGAAAUUGAAGUACGAGGAGAGAAGACAUAUAGAAGUUGAAUAUGUGCAGCAAUUCGUGCAACAGUGUUUGUGGGUGUGGGAGUGGUGUGAAUGUUGUUAGUAGCAUCUGGAGUUCUGGUUUAAAGAAACAGCAGAAACGUCCCAGAGUGCCAAAAAGAGGACCUGGUGUGGCAGAACUUGAGAAGAUCUUGAGAGAGCAAGGAGGCGGAGGCGGAGGCGUAGACAUAACUACUGAAAAGGGAGAUUCAGAGGGAUUUCCAUCUUUUGUGUCUCGUCCUUCUUCAUCUUUAAAUUUCCAUCCAUUGCAACCUUCAACUACAACAUCAAGAACUACUCCACCAAGCAAUUUGGCUACUAAUGUUUCUUCUGCCCCAAUAUUUGAUCAUCCCACUACACUUGAAAGACUAGAAAGAAGUGGUGGAUCUGGUCUUGUUUCUCCUGAAAAAGAAUUGAAAGAAUUGUUUCCCUUGAAUCUUAAUUCAUGUAAGUCUAAUUUGAACAUCAAUGAACCGAUUGAUGGAAACCGAUAUGAUUCUGCCAGUUCCCCUUCCAGGAAUUUAUCUGCUGACUGGCCUUAUGCAAAAGUUCAGCACAUAAACAAUCACUACUCUGCACCUAUUACUUCUAUGACAAAUCACCGUGGGACCUCAACAAUCGGGCCUCAAAAUCAACCAGAGCUUCCUUCAAACCAAAGUUUGUGUUACAAUUACACUUCUAGAGUACCAGAAGAACAAAAUGUUGGCAUGAAGAGAUCUCACACUUCAGCCUUGGAAAACUCUCUGAUUCCGCCAUCGAAUUUCCAUGUUCUUCCAAGUUUUUCACAUUACAAUAGACAUCAUCAAUCAUCCAUAAAUGAUAGUCAUAGUGGUUUCAAUUCCAACAAGGAGUGCUAUAAGGAUGCCAAAUGGGGUAGCACUUUGGAGCUUAGUAACACAAGAUUCAACUCUGAAAUGACAGUGCCUGGUCAUGCAAAUUUCCCACCAUUUGUAACUCCUGAAGUUCCUUCACCUCCCAUGCAUUUGUUUUCAGGUGUUAUUUCAAAGGGGAAUGCGCUACCCGGCCAUGUUUGUGAAGAUAAAAUAGACUCAUGCCAACAUUCAGAAUCGAUCGAACCAAAUCCUAGACCUUUCUAUAACUUCUUAGAAGUGGAGGACUCAGAGAUGACAGACAAAAUGAGUGGGGAAAAUCAUGGGGGACGUGAAGCAGGAAGAUUUGGCAUUGAUCUGAACUUGAAGCUAUGAAUUUGUGUUUGCAAAUCUCAAAGAAUGGCAAGCUCUGAUGAAGAAAAGAGAACAGUUUCCGAGUAAUGGUUGGAGAAGAAGUUACCCGGGAUAUGCAUACUUGUCAUAGGAUUUUCAUUAGAUAGUUUGGGUGGAAGAUUAUGCAUACCGUUUGAUUCAUUAAAAUCAAGAGAUGCUUCUUUGCAUGGAAUUUUCAUUUAACUUAAUUCAGUUGUUCAGUCUUUUUGACGUUACAGUCAUUUAUGUUAUGUUUGU